AUGAAUGUGUUACAACUGGGAAAUGAACUUGUUCUUCUUCUCAAGCCUUCAGAGACGUUGUGGUUGGCGAAAUCAGUGGGUGGUCGUAUAGGCGGAGCGACGCCAGGGAAAACAGUGAUGGGACUGUGUGUGGUGAGAUGUGACACCAUCACCCCGCUGCCGCUGCGAACCGAACAUGACGUCUUCCUAGUGAAACCCGGCACUGACCUGGGCAUGCGAUCUGCUUUUCUCAGAUCAUUCAUCAAAAAUCUUGUCUUAGCAUUCUUCUUACCUGCAAACUUAUUUUCGCGUGUUGGUCAUAAUAGGACAAUCUAUGACACGAUUUGCAAAACAAUUGUCAUUGAAGAACCA